CCGCAGCAUCACUCUCUCUCUCUACUCCCUCUCUUCUGUGCCAUCAACCUUCCGGAAAAGAAGCAAAAGGUGGGAAGAAAAGGUGGAGCACUGGUCUGAAUUAUCCCCACCUAGACCCCUCCCCAAUGCUCCUCCUCUCCCUCGCCAUAGCCGCAGCUUCAUAGCUUUGUUUACCCAACAAACAGUGAAGAGAGAGAGAGACCCAGCAAGAAACAGGGGAGGCUCAGUUUGAUGGGCGGGGUCACGUCUUCUAUGGCGGCGAAGUUCGCCUUCUUCCCGCCGAGCCCCCCCUCGUACAAGCUAGUCACCGACGACCUCACCGGCCUCCUGCUGCUCAGUCCCUUCCCCCACAGGGAGAACGUGGAGGUCCUUAAGCUCCCAACCCGCCGGGGCACCGAGAUUGUGGCGGUUUACGUACGGAAUCCCAUGGCCACCUCCACCGUCCUCUACUCCCACGGCAACGCCGCCGAUCUGGGUCAGAUGUACGAGCUCUUCAUCCAGCUCAGCAUCCACCUCAGAGUUAACCUCAUGGGGUACGACUACUCUGGGUAUGGACAGUCAUCAGGAAAGCCCAGUGAACAGAACACUUAUGCAGAUAUAGAAGCUGCUUACAAGUGCCUGGAAGAAAGUUAUGGCACUAAGCAAGAAGAUAUAAUCCUUUAUGGGCAAUCCGUUGGAAGUGGGCCCACUUUGGAUCUUUCUGCAAGGCUGCCUCAUCUUAGAGCUGUCGUUCUGCAUAGCCCCAUACUCUCAGGCUUGCGAGUCAUGUACCCUGUAAAGCGUUCAUAUUGGUUCGAUAUCUACAAGAAUAUUGACAAAAUUCCACUUGUCAAUUGUCCCGUACUAAUCAUUCAUGGAACUUCAGAUGAAGUUGUCGAUUGUUCCCACGGGAAGCAGCUAUGGGAACUGUGCAAAGAGAAGUACGAGCCCUUGUGGCUCAAAGGAGGAAACCAUUGUGACUUGGAGCUCUACCCGGAGUACAUCAGGCAUCUCAAGAAGUUUGUAUCAACAGUUGAGAAGUCUCCUUCACAGAGGUACAGCUCAAGGAGAAGCACUGACCAGUACGAGCAGCCCCGGAAGAGUACAGACGUGUUCGAGGUUUCGAGGAAGAGCACCGAUCGGAGAGAGAAGCCAAGGAAGAGCACCGAUCGGCCAGAGAAGCUAAAGGCUCCUCCGAGCAUCAACUCUGAAAAGCUAGAGAAACUGAGAGUCACGUUUGAUCACAUGGAGAGGUCGAGAAGGAGCGUGGACUGCCACGAGAAGUCGAGGAAGAGCAUUGAUCACCAGCUUGAGAAGGCGAGGAAAAGCGUCGACAGGUUAGAUCGGUUACGAAAUGCAUGAGAAUUCCUUUUCUUUAUAUACGUUUGGGUCGAAAUCAAAGCCUCUCUGUAUCACCUGACAAAUGCUGAUGAGGUGUGUAAUUUAUGGCUUUGGUGUGGUCGGGAGAUCAAAAGAGUUGUUGGCUUUUUCUUCUCUUCUAUUCUUUUGGAGGUCUCUUUCUGUUUGUGUAUUCGAAAUGUUUGGCUUUGGGAACUCUCUACAGCGUGACAUGAAAACAGAUAAAGGGGUGUGGUGUUACCGUGCAAUUCUUUCUCCUCAA